AUGGACGAUGAGUACAAAAAUGAUAAAACGUCAGUUUCGCAUAGAAGUCCUACUUUCAGUAAGGAAGAAAUAAAAGCGUUGGUAGAUAUAAUUGAAAAAUACAAGAGCAUUAUUUUAAAUAAAUCUACAAGUGCUGCUGCCAGUCAUGCUAAAGAAGUGACUUGGAAUAAAAUAGCUAAAAUGUUUAAUAAUCAAGGAUUCAAAUAUUCAAGAAGUGCUGAUAGCUUAAAAACAAAGUGGGAGAAUUUAAAAAAAGAUGCCAGAAAAUUAUCAAAAAAUUUAAUGGAUAUUAAAUACAGUGAAUUCAAUGAUUUAACUAAUCAAAUAUUGUCUAUGAUGUGUGAAGCAGAAAAGAGUGGAAAUGCUUUGGAAAUUCCACCUAUAUUAGAUUAUGACUUAAAUGAUACAGAUCAAAAAGAUAAAACAAAUACAUCUAAUACUUAUUGGGAGGACUUGGAUGAGAAAGAGUCGGAUAAUUCAGAUGGAGAUGUGGACGCUGGAAGGUCUAAUAGAUCAUUGAAUUUCUCACCUCAAGAGUGUAGCCUUCUUUUGAAAUGUGUAAGAGAAGAAAAGAAAAAUAUAUUCUGCAAGGAAAGCACAGGCAAAGCAAUUCAAAUGAAAAAUAGUGCUUGGACAAGGAUAACAGAUACUUUCAACAAACGAAGUCCACAAAAGCGAUCAACAAAAGUCUUACGUACCAAGUUUAAUAAUAUGAAAAGAAUGGCAAAAAAUAUCAGUUCAAAGCAAUAUCUUCAAAGCAGUUGUCAUAAAAGGCUAGAAGAUGUAAAUGAGAAAAUUAAAUCAGAACCAAUUUUUGAGUAUAAGACUGAUAUAGAUGUUACGAAAAAUGAUGACGAGGAAGAUUCUGAUGACAACAAUGAAAGUAACAAACAAAAUAACUUAGACCCUCUAGACACUGUACUUAAUGGAGACAGUGGGAUUGAGCCUAUGAGUCACUUUGGGUCUUGGAGUCCAUCAGACAGUAAGGAUGUUGUGAAUUUUAAAUUGAAACUCUUGAAUUAUCAAAUGGAAACAGCAAAGAUGGAGAGAAAGAGAGUGGAAGAUGCGUUGCAAGCAGAAGCUGCGGCCCGUGAAGCGAGUUCUCUGGAAAGAUCUUUGCGAAUACGAGCCGCACGACUCGAAGCAGUUGCGGCUGAGAUGAAAUUUCCAUCCACUCAUCCAGCGUUGCAAUACACAUUAGAAGAAUCAAGAGCUCAACAAUAUUUAGAACAAUAUAAUCAUACUUGA